AUGCAUGCCGCCAGGUCACUGACGAAGGCUGAACGGAAUUAUAGCCAGAUUGAAAAGGAGGCACUGGCCAUUAUCUUCGCCGUACAGAGAUUCCACCUGUUUAUUUAUGGCAGACUCUUCACACUGCACACUGAUCAUCAGCCACUGAAGUUCCUUUUGGGUACUAACCGUGGUGUUCCACAGAACGUAGCUAGGAGAAUACAACGUUGGAGUACUAUUCUUCAAAACUAUGACUUUCAGAUCCAAUAUGUGCCUACUCAGAAGUUUGGAGCUCCGGACGCUUUAUCACGACUGAGUACAAGCAACGAAAAUCAAGAAGACGUGGUUGUCGCCAGUACGCUAGUGCAAGAUGAUGACGAGUUUAGAGGUGUCAUCCGACAGUUGCCGCUCACAGCCGAGCACAUCAGGGCCACCACUGUAGCAGACCCACUUUUGCGCCAGGUGAAAGAGUUUAUUCGGAACGGUUGGCCCAGCGACGACAAAGUACACCCAUCCAUAAAGCCUUUCAGGAACAGAAAGGAGCAGUUGUAUAUCACGGAAGACUGCAUAAUGUACGAUGGUAAAGUGGUGAUCCCAGCCAGAUAUCAGCAACAAGUUUUGCGGGAGCUCCAUGCCGGACAUCAGGGUAUGACCCGCAUGAAACAACUGGCCCGCAAGUACGUAUAUUGGCCGGGAAUUGAUAACGACGUGGAAUCUUUUGUUCGAAGCUGCGGCCCGUGUGGACGUGAGGCUAAGAACCCACCGAAAGUACCGCCCGUGCCAUGGCCAGAGGUAACGAGACCUUGGAGUAGAGUCCAUAUGGACUUUGCGGGUCCGUUUUUCAACCGAAUGUUUCUAAUUGUUGUCGAUGCAUGGUCCAAGUGGCUAGAAGUUUUCGACGUCUCGGCAGCUACUGCUGAUAUCACGGCAAGGAAGACGGAAGAACUAAUAGCGAGAUACGGCAUCCCCACGGAGAUUGUGACGGAUAACGGCACUCAGUUCACGUCAUCAGUCUUCCAACAACUGUGUCAGAAAUGGGGAAUUCGACAUGUGACGUCACCACCAUUCCACCCACAAUCAAAUGGCCAGGCAGAACGGUUCGUCGACACGUUCAAGAGAGCGAUGAAAAAGAUGUGGAACACUGGUGUUAAACUGGAGUAUCUCAACACAUUCCUAUUUGCCUAUCGAACAACUCCAAAAAGUGAUCUUGGGGGCCAGACACCAGCCGAACGGUUUUUGGGACGACAGCCGGAUACGCGAUUACAGUACCUACAACCGGAAGCUCGAGUUCCACAAACAACAAAAUAUUACUUUCGCGAGGGAGAGUAG